AUGGAAACUGUUCAACAAUUUAAAGAACGUUUACGUAAUGAAUUAAAUAUACCGGUCGAACGCCAACGGCUGAUAUUUCAAGGAAAAGUUUUACAAGAUGAAACAAAACUUGCUGAUAGCAACAUUCAGAAUAAAACUGUUCAUUUUGUCGAACGUGCUGAACCACCUCCGUCACAAAACACUAACAAUGGGUCUUCUGGUGUAGCAUCUGAUAUCAAUACGAAUCAGUUAACGUUGGAUGAAAUCAAUGAAACAACUAGUGUAUUUAUCAAUUCAUUUCCAGGAGCCGUCAAUUUGAACACGAAUAAUGUUCAAGAUCUAGUUCAAAAUUUGUUGAAUGAUCUUGGCGAUAUUGGACGACAAGCUCGUGUCAACACAUCGAUAGCUUCUGAUGGUCAAGGUGUUGAUAUUCAAAUUGAUUUUGGCAGUGUCUCACAAUAUUUACAACAACAUGAGUUACGUGAACGGUUUCGUUCUAUUGGACGUAUGUUAUCUCGUUUACGUUUACGACUUAAUCGACUUGAGCAAUUAGUCGAAUCAAAUUUUCGUUUGCCAACAUCAACAGCAGGAAACACUGGGCAACAAAAUCAAACGGGGGAUGUAGACUCAUCAGCUUCAUCAUCUGCAACGUUUGAAGAUAUCAUAAACGAGAUGGAUGCAGAUGAUCUUCAAGCGUCGACAUUGCAGACAAUUGUACAGUCAACAACAGCGCCAAAUGAAUCUUCAGCACCAGUAACUAAUCAUACUGCUCGAGAUUUAGCAGACCUAAUGCAUUCCAUUGAUUCUGAACAACGACGUUUGAAUAAGUAUUUUCAAGAAUAUAUGCGAACAAUAUCACAUAAUGAAUCGUUUGGUGAUGAUUUAGCCGGUCGACGACGUUUUUAUUCGUUGUACAAUGAAUCGCUACAUUUAAUUUCUCAUGUCUAUCAUAAUGUAACUGAUUUCAGUAUCAAUUUGGAGCAACCCUUAGAAACCCGUGACGUUCAUCUCGGAGAACCGACGAGUUUAGCGCCAUCAACUGUUACAACGGCACGAAUUAUGGGUCCAGUCUCUCUUUCUGGAGCAGCACAAAUGGGAUUUCAUCCACGAAUGGCACAAGGUGUAGUGCCCUUCCAUCCUGCGCCUAUGGUUCUUCGUCCAUUGGUGCCUGGCAUGACGUUAAAUAAUACUGAACAGUCAUCAACCGCGUCGUCAACGUCUGCCACCUCAUCAUCGAUGUCGAACAUGCAGCCGAUGGCGUUCAAUCUUGGUGUUCCAUGGACAUUCGUAGAAAUGGUUCCGGCUGGCAUCACACUAAAUCAAGUGUCUGCUCAAAUAGUUGCUGAUGUUCAAGCAUCCGAUGGAGCGUCAUCGGUGCCAGCAGGAAUACAAAAUCUUUCUGGCUUACCGGUGGAUCUCAGCAGUUUACCACCAAAUGCAACUGUGAUUAUGGGUCAAAGACCAGCUAAUGCAAAUGGACAACCUGGAUCUAUACAAAUGAAUGAGGGACCGUUUGAUGCUAAUUUUGCUGCCUCAAUUGCACAACGUGUACAAGAACACUUUGCUCAACUGAGUCGACCAACGGGAGCAGUAGAUGUUGCAAGUGGUCCAACGAAUGUAUCGUUUUCAACACAAUUACCAUCAAAUAACAAUAAUCUAUCAUCGUAUCUUCCUGUAGGUAUAUCAGCAAGGAAUCCACACAUGCCUAUUCAUGCAAGAUUUGUUAUGCCAAACGGAGUUGUUAAUAUGAAUCCUCAAGAUGAACAUUUUGUUCUUGACGAUCAUUCAUUUCGCUCAAGAUCAGCUGAUGCGAGUCCAUCUACUAGUUCCUCUAGUUCAAUAUCUCAGCCACCUACAGACGAUCCAUCACAUCCAGCAACAAUGUUCGCCAUGGCGAGUGGUCAUGACCAUCCACUUCAAGGUAGAUUAAUGAUUCCUGGACAACGAACAACAAUUCUACAAAGCGUUGAUCGUUCUCUACCAUGUUCUUCACGCUAUUUCACUCAUAUGAUACGUUCUCGCACAGCAGGUAAUGAAGUUUUUGGACACGAAAGAGGCCAUCAUGUUUUUACUCGUCGCGGAAGACAUCGUCAUCCAGCUGGUCAAGGCGCAUUUAUUCAUCAACAUCACCCACAACAACACUCACAGUUCUCGUCCGAUACGCCUAAUGAUUUUAUUAUGUCUUCAGGUGGUAUGCCUCCCUCAGGAGUACCAUUAUUUUCCCCAAAUAAUGGACAAUCAUUUAUGACAGCACACUCAUUUGAAAUUCCAAUGGUUAUCUCAGCAUCAACAGAUAUUUCUCAGCAAUCACAACCACAACCAUCACCACAGGAACAAUCCUCAGCGGCAUCGUCUUGGCCAGAUAAUCAACAAACACCGGUACAACCAACGAACAAUCAACAAAAUGCAGAAGCACAACAAGUACAGAAUACAAUUUUAUCCCAAGUUUUAUCACAAAUAUUACCUGGUGUUUUGAGAAGUGGAACUGGUCGUAUAAGAUUGAAUGUAGGUCAAAUGAAUGCAAAUGAAGUGCCAACACCGAUACUUGUUACCAAUAAUGCAAAUUCAAUUCCAGCUGUGAACACAACAGCACAUGAAUCUUCUACAUCCAUACCAGUAUCUGAAACAAACGCAAAUCCAAGUGCAGCAAUGAAUGUAACUCAAAAUCCGAUGGGUCUUGAUUUUACUGGCGUUGCGCGAACAAUUGGAAGCAUCGUUCAAGAAUUAACGUUGACUGGAGCCACAUUUGACUCACUAAAUCCAACAGACCGCUCAUCCAUAGCUACCCCUUUAACCUCCUCAACCACAUCUGCUUCAUCAACAACACCAACAAACACAUCUUCAUCUACGACGACAAUAACUUUAAGUCGAGAAGAUACAAACACAGGACAAAUGUUGAUUGAAUUGUUGAGAUUAUUAGGCAGUGGUCCUGAAAAUCCUGAAUUGAACAAUCUAACGAUUGGAGCAUUUAUGCAACGUUUUGGAGAAGAUUUUGACUCAGGCAAUAGUAAUGAGACAUGUUUAAUUCGUGAACUAUUUUCUGUCAUGACAGCACAAAUGAGAUUUUCUGAUGUUUGGGAUCUUAUACUAGGCAAUCCAAUAGUUGAUUCAAGAUUCAACCAAGCCAGACGAUCAGCUACCAGUUAUUUACAAAAUAAUGUAUUACAUGGAAGACCGAUAACACCCAUGACAAUCGAUGAAUUAUGUGAGAAAUUGUAUCAACCCUUCAUUCAAGAAACCUCACUCAACGAACUUCGCCUAAAACCAAAUAUAAAUUUGGAAAAUGUGAUGAAACGUUUUUUUAUGCAUCAUGGACGUCUUAUUCUCAAUACAAUAUUCCACGAUGAUGAUAACGUGUGGUUUGAUCAUUUUCGCCAACAAUUAAUCUCUGCACGCAAUGAAUAUCUAUCAUUAACAUCACAUUGUUUCGUAGAUGGUGAACCAGCAGCUAUUGAAUAUCUGUUAAAUCGUAAUCGCACUAUAUUUCGUACAACGAACCCAAUAAUUCUGACAUGGAGUGAAACUUAUUUACGUAGAGCUUUAACACAUGCCUUUUCUGGCAUACGUUCAUCACCUUCUAAUAUUUCAUCUUAUCUUACUGAAUCAGCAAUUUCCUCGGCUACUAACAAUGGAGGGAUGUAUACUAUGUCAACCAGAGUUAAUUCAUCACCACAAACAUCAACGAUUGUAAAUAAGACGGAUAAUGGAAGACAACAACAAUUAACAACGAGAACAGGUCAAGAAAAUAACACAUGGCAAGCGAGUUUACCAGAAGAGUGGGUGCCAAUCGUUGUUCGUGAUGUUGUCACUCAAAAUCAUACUCAUCCUCAAUCACCACUCAGCGAUGCUUACAAAGAUGGUAUACCUACAAAACGACGACGUGUAUAUAUCCGUGAAGAUUUAACAUCAACAAAUUUAUUAAAUAAUAUACUGAUUCGUGCCUCUCACUCAUCGAAUACCCAUUCACAAUUACCAGAUUCUGAUAGUAUACGUCAUAUGGCUUCAUCACCUGAGCUAUUACAAACAUUUGACCAAGAAUUAAAACGUCUAUUAGAAUUACGUUUAAAAAAUGAUCGUGAUUAUGAAAAAGUGCACCUCCACAUGCCAAAUACAAAACGGUAUUUAGAAGAAUAA